CAGGAAGUUUUCGUGUAGUGAGGCACCGGCGUUGUUUCCUGGAGUCCUUCCCGAGGCUGGCUGCCUCGGCUGCAUCUGUUUUCCGAGCCGGCCAUGGGGGAAGCGGAGAAGUUCCACUACAUUUACAGCUGUGACCUGGACAUCAACGUGCAGCUGAAGAUAGGAAGCUUGGAAGGGAAGAGAGAACAAAAGAGCUACAAAGCUGUACUAGAAGAUCCGAUGCUAAAAUUUUCCGGGUUAUACCAAGAGACGUGCUCUGACCUCUAUGUGACUUGCCAAGUUUUUGCUGAAGGGAAGCCUCUGGCCUUACCAGUCAGAACAUCCUACAAAGCAUUUAGUACAAGAUGGAAUUGGAAUGAAUGGCUAAAACUACCUGUGAAAUACCCUGACCUGCCCAGAAAUGCCCAAGUAGCCUUGACUAUAUGGGAUGUGUAUGGACCCGGAAAAGCUGUGCCGGUGGGAGGAACAACUGUGUCUCUCUUUGGGAAAUAUGGCAUGUUUCGUCAAGGAAUGCAUGACUUGAAAGUCUGGCCUAACGUGGAGGCAGAUGGCUCUGAGCCCACGAGAACUCCUGGCAGAACAAGCAGCACGCUUUCAGAAGAUCAGAUGAGCCGCCUCGCCAAGCUUACCAAGGCUCAUCGGCAAGGCCACAUGGUGAAAGUGGACUGGUUGGACAGAUUAACAUUUAGAGAAAUAGAAAUGAUAAAUGAGAGUGAGAAACGGAGCUCUAAUUUUAUGUACUUGAUGGUUGAGUUUCGCUGUGUCAAGUGUGACGAUAAGGAAUAUGGCAUUGUCUACUAUGAAAAGGAUGGUGACGAAUCAUCUCCGAUUUUAACAAGUUUUGAGUUAGUGAAAGUUCCUGAUCCUCAAAUGUCUAUGGAGAAUCUAGUGGAGAGCAAACACCACAAGCUUGCUCGGAGUUUAAGAAGUGGACCAUCUGACCACGAUCUCAAGCCCAACGCUGCCACUCGAGAUCAGCUAAAUAUUAUUGUGAGUUAUCCACCAACCAAGCAGCUCACAUAUGAAGAACAAGAUCUUGUUUGGAAAUUUAGAUAUUAUCUUACUAAUCAAGAAAAAGCUUUGACAAAGUUCUUGAAGUGUGUUAACUGGGACCUACCUCAGGAGGCCAAGCAGGCCCUGGAACUUCUGGGGAGGUGGAAGCCGAUGGAUGUCGAAGACUCCCUGGAGCUGCUGUCCUCACAUUACAGCAACCCCACAGUGAGGCGGUACGCUGUGGCCCGCCUGCGGCAGGCCGAUGACGAGGACUUGCUGAUGUACUUACUGCAGCUGGUCCAGGCUCUGAAAUAUGAAAACUUUGAUGACAUAAAGAACGGUUUGGAACCUACCAAGAAGGAUAGCCAGGGUUCAGGGUCAGAAAGUCUGUCAAAUUCUGGAAUCAGUUCUGCAGAAAUAGAUAGCUCCCAAAUUAUAACCAACCCUCUUCCUCCCGUAUCACCCCCUCCUCCUGCAUCUAAAUCAAAGGAAGUUUCAGAUGGGGAGAAUCUUGAGCAAGAUCUAUGUACCUUCUUGAUAUCAAGAGCCUGUAAGAACUCAACACUGGCUAAUUAUUUAUACUGGUAUGUGAUAGUGGAGUGUGAAGAUCAGGACACUCAGCAGAGAGAUCCAAAGACGCACGAAAUGUACCUGAACGUCAUGAGGAGAUUCAGCCAAGCCCUGCUGAAGGGUGACAAGUCAGUGAGAGUCAUGCGCUCCCUGCUGGCGGCACAGCAGACCUUUGUAGAUCGGCUAGUCCAUCUGAUGAAGGCAGUACAGCGAGAAAGUGGAAACCGCAAGAAAAAGAAUGAGAGACUUCAAGCAUUGCUUGGAGAUAAUGAAAAAAUGAACUUAUCAGAUGUGGAGCUGAUCCCAUUGCCGUUAGAGCCACAGGUGAAGAUAAGAGGGAUCAUACCAGAAACAGCUACACUGUUUAAGAGUGCUCUUAUGCCUGCUCAGCUGUUCUUUAAGACAGAAGACGGAGGCAAAUACCCAGUUAUUUUCAAGCAUGGAGACGACUUGCGUCAAGAUCAGCUCAUUCUUCAGAUCAUCUCCCUCAUGGACAAGCUGUUACGGAAAGAAAAUCUGGAUUUGAAAUUGACACCGUACAAGGUCUUAGCCACUAGUACAAAACACGGUUUCAUGCAGUUCAUCCAGUCAGUUCCUGUCGCUGAAGUUCUUGACACAGAGGGAAGCAUUCAGAACUUUUUCAGGAAACAUGCCCCAAGCGAGACUGGACCUAAUGGCAUCAGUGCAGAGGUCAUGGACACUUAUGUCAAAAGCUGUGCUGGAUACUGUGUGAUUACGUACAUCCUUGGAGUUGGAGACCGGCACCUGGAUAACCUUCUGUUAACAAAGACAGGCAAACUCUUCCACAUAGAUUUUGGUUAUAUUUUGGGCCGAGAUCCAAAGCCUCUUCCUCCCCCAAUGAAGCUGAACAAGGAGAUGGUGGAAGGCAUGGGUGGCACCCAGAGUGAGCAGUACCAAGAAUUCCGGAAGCAGUGCUACACAGCUUUCCUCCACCUGCGAAGGUAUUCAAAUCUGAUUUUGAACUUGUUCUCCUUGAUGGUUGAUGCAAACAUUCCAGAUAUUGCUCUUGAGCCAGAUAAAACUGUAAAAAAGGUUCAGGAUAAGUUCCGUUUGGACCUGUCAGAUGAGGAGGCAGUGCACUACAUGCAGAGUCUGAUCGACGAGAGCGUCCACGCAUUGUUCGCUGCGGUGGUGGAACAGAUCCAUAAGUUUGCCCAGUACUGGAGAAAAUGAAAGUGGAUGUGUCUCAUUGUGAUGCCUGGUCAGUAAGAAAACACAUGAGAAGCUACUGCUGUAUACUAAAGACAAGAGAGAAAGAACAAAGAAGAGAAAUUACGUCGUGCCCAAGCUUUGUCUCCUUGGAUGCAGCUGCUUAUUCCUGGCACAGAGAGUUUGUUUAAAGCUGCUGUGUACAAAACGGUGUAGCUCACAACUGUAAUUGCAGAACACCAGAGGCUGAGGUAGGAAGAUUGCUGCAAGUUUGAAGCCAUCCUCAGCUAUGUAAGGACUUCUGAGCAAGCCAAAAAUCACUGUAUAUAUGUUUCAUAAUGUAUAAAGAUAGAAGAGUAUGUAUAUGUUUUAGGAAUUCUUGGGAAGCUUUAUUAUGAAACAGUAAAGCACUUUAGCCUCUGA